AUGCCAACUUUGGGAGAAAUCCCGGUUGAAUUUGAUGUUUUAGAAGGCGAAAAAGAGAAUAUCAUCCCUCUGCGAUCAGGAAGAUCAGCAUUGGCCCUCUCGAAGAACCUAGGUCAAAAGGCGACUAAUAUGGAUAACGGUAAUGCGGAUGGGAUUGUCAAGCAACGUUUGGAGUUCGAAAAACGACUUUUGCAGGAUUUGGAAGAUUUGGAUGACCCUUUGGAACUUUUCCUGCAGUACAUUACAUGGAUCAACAAUGCGUAUCCACAAGGUGGCCAAUCGAAACAAAGCGGUAUGUUGGAGGUGCUGGAACGGUGUCUUAUGUAUUUCCGCGAUUUUGCAACCUACAAAAAUGAUCCUCGUUACGUGAAGUUAUGGAUGAGUUAUUUGGAGCUUUUUGCGGGUUCUGCCUUGGAAAGGCAGACACUUUACGUUUACAUGACGCGCAAACAAAUUGGGUCUUCUUUGGCGGUGUUCUACGAGAGCUUGAGUGCUUUUCUGCAGCACCAGAAACAGUAUUCCCAGGCAAGAGACAUUUUGAAAAAGGGUAUCGAAAAUAACGCUAGACCACUUGCAAGACUGCGAAGAACGUUUCAAGAAUUUGAUGAACUUAUGCACAACUCCAAAAUUGAGAUUCAAGAAGUUCAUGGUGGCGAAAGCAUCUUGGAUGGCGAUCUCUUUUCCAGCGUUCUUGGUAAACAUAGAGCUGAAAUCCAAGAAGGCGAUCAAAGAAACGUUCCACUGCCACGAUCGUCUUCUUUCAAACACGAGAUAUUCAAAGAUUUAAAUGAAGUGGAAUCAAACAACGACCUGCGAGUAGAAGGAUGGGAUUACUUUGACUCCAAACACCAACGGAAUAAAGAAAAUGAAAUGAGCAAGCAACUUCUCACGUCGGGAUCAAAUAUCGGAUCUCUAAAGCAGGAAGAACCAACAAGGACUUCCACAUCCAGGUUGGCCGUUUUCAAAGAUUCAAUAGGGAGAACCGGGCCCAUUUACAAAAUGUUAGAAACACCCGGUCGGAAGCCAGAACAAAUAGACUGCAAUUUCGAUUUGAUAUAUCCAACGAAAGAUGAAGAGUUUUGCAUUGAAGAGAGACUAGCAAUGUCUCGUAACGUGUAUUAUAAAGUGAAUAAGUCCAAAAGGCCGCCCACGGCGGAAACUGAUAACCACGACCAGCAUAGAAGGGAAACGAAAAAACUGAAGAUUCCCUUACGUGAAAAAACGCCCUCAUCAUUUACAUCUGUGCCUGUUUUUCAGGAGCCUCAAAACUCAGUGGAAGAGCACAUUGCACAAGGCUAUCGAACGAUCGAAAGAACGUCUAUUCUACCUUUAAAAGACGACGCCAGCGAGACUCCAGGUGCUUCAAAGAAAAACCAACCGGCGUCUCCCACUGUAACGUUUUUCUCAAAGAAUGCGAUCAACGAAGUGUAUUCCAUGUUCAAUCAAAACUUUUCGCUUCCGCAAUCUACUCUAGAUAAUGAUGACACUGCAAGCAAAUUCGCGAUGUUUGAGAACUUUACUCAGGACUUCACGCGUAAACAUAUAGACGACUUGACCGAAAUCAAAUCGAAUAUACGGUCGGAACAUGGUGAAAAGACGCCUGGUAAAGAUCAGUCUUCUUGUUCUGAACCCAACGUUUACAAAGAGAACAUCACUCCCACUUACAAAAGUAAACUCCAGGAGUACAUGACCCCCAUUCAGGAGAAGACUGAAUCUAAAUUCAAUGUCAAUCUAGCUUUUGAUCAACUCAACGGAGCUGUAACGGACAACAAAAAUGAUGCACUUGUGGCAAAUACAGCUGAAAGCUCACCUUUUCUGACACAACCUCAAAGCGGUGGCGACGAAAUGACGGCCCUCCCAAUCGUGAUAAGCAACCCAUUAAGUGAUAAUAAUAGGCAUUUGUUGCUGCAAAGUGUAAACCCGCCACUUUCAAGCUAUAAGACAUUUUACCAGUACAACCAACCACUCAAAAUGAGUGCACUGCUUCGCAAAAUCCACACCGUUUCCAAGAACGCAAACAAGAACCCGAUUGUUGACUUCAAAAAAACAAACGAUUUAUACUGUAUCAGGUCGCAGCUUGGGGAAGGUGGGUAUGCUACUGUGUAUCUAGCAGAAUCUAGCACAGGAUCAUUGAAGGCGCUGAAGGUGGAGAAACCCGCCAGCAUUUGGGAAUUCUAUAUCUUGAGACAAGUUCAAAAGAGGCUUAACGGACAGCCCGUUUUGUCCUCCAUAAUAAAUGUGGAUUCCCUGCAUUGUUUUGAGGAUGAGAGCUACCUGGUUUUGCAUUAUGCCAGCCAAGGUACGAUAUUGGAUCUGAUCAAUCUGGAGAAAGAGCGAAAUGGUGGGCCUCUAGAUGAACUGCUGUGCAUGUAUUUCGCUGUCGAGCUCAUGAAGGUGCUAGAAUGCAUUCAUGACGUUGGAAUCAUUCAUGGUGACUUGAAGCCUGAUAACUGCAUGGUAAGAUUUGAAAUGGGUUCACAGGCACUUUCGGACUACAAAGUCAAUUCAGGAACUGGAUGGGACAAGAAAGGUGUCUACCUAAUUGAUUUUGGAAGAUCCUUCGACCUCACGCUAGUGCCCGUAGGAGCGAAAUUCAAGGCGAAUUGGAAGACAGAUCAACAGGAUUGUCCGGAGAUGCGAGAAGGACGUGCAUGGACAUACGAAGCAGAUUACUACGGUUUGGCAGGGAUAAUUCAUGCGAUGUUAUUCGGAAGAUUUAUCGAAACGCGGGCGUUACCAAAUCAGCAGUAUGCUUUGGCGCACAGCUUCAAAAGGUAUUGGAGACAAGAUAUUUGGCGUCCUCUCUUCGAUAUGCUAUUGAAUAGUGGUUCACAGGAACGGUUGCCCAUUACAUCGAGGUUGAGGGAGCAUAGAUUAAGCUUAGAAAACUCUUUGGAGGAAAACGGACACAGAUUGAAAGCUAAGGUAUUGAGUUUGGAAUCCGAUUUGAUGAAAUCUAGGAAAUGA